AUGACAGAGGCAAUGCAAGAAGAUCUGCAGUACAUGCCGGAAGAUGCAGAGUAUGCUAACCUCUGCGACAUCAGUCUGAUCGCCCAAGGACAGGGUAUCCCAGCCCAUGGGGCUGUGAUUGCUCUUCACUCUCGAUUCUUCUGUAAAAUGCUGUCCGAUCUCAAGGGUGGGGAUAGCUCCACUGUUGAUGGCAUGCUGCGGGUUACGCUGGAUGACUCGGUGUCUGCUGAAGACACAAGGCUGAUGUUGGCGAUAAUGUACGGCCAGAUACUGAAGCUGAAUUCGCUUAAGCAAGCAUGGACGGCACUUAGCUUGGGAGACAAAUACGAUGCCAAGAUUUUGAUCCGAGUCUCAGAGCAGGCGAUCUGCGAACUGGGAGAUUCGUUCUACUUUGUUAAACCUCGAGAGCCAUCAGGGUCGGCUCUGCAACCUGGGCAGACCCAGGAAUGGCACGAUGCUGCAAAGUGGCUGGGACUGGCGGACUGUUUGGGCAUGGAGUCUUUGCGCAAGAAAUGCCAAUGUGUCAUCCUGCGUAGCCUCGUUGCUCAUUCCAGUGCUUCUCCAAUAAAAGCGGAGCUCCUGUCUGCAAUGGCUUCGUUGCAUGAUCGUGGCGUUGCUGCCGAGAGCAUUAGUUCGAUGCUAGGAGCACUUGCAAGGCUUGGUCCCCAUAUUUGGCCUGCAGGAUCCAGCGACAUGUACUGUGGCUCAUUCUCAACGCACACCCCUUUUGGUUGUGGUUCAUUCUCACAAAGGACGCACACCCCUUUGGGUGAUGAUGAAAUAUGCCAGGCCUUGAAAGAGUUUCAGAUUUCUAAGUGCGGGCACCAACAGUGA